CAACAACAAUAAGAAAACAACCAAAUCAAGUUACUAGUGAAAAAAAAAACAAGGAUGUUUUCUUCAAAAAUGUUUGUUUUAAUUUCGAUGGCAUUGACGGCGGCGAUGAUAAUUGCGUCAGAUGCGCAAACAACGCCGCCGUCGUGCGCCUCGAAAUUAGUGCCAUGUGCACCUUACCUUAACUCAUCGAGUCCCCCAGCGGAGUGUUGUGAUCCAUUGAGAGAAGCAAUAACAAAUGACUUAGAUUGUUUGUGUAAAUUAUAUGAAAAUCCAACUUUAUUGCCUUCACUUGGUAUUAAUAUUACUCAAGCACUUGCACUUCCUAGGGCUUGUAAUAUUCCUGGUGAUCUCAGUGCUUGUACUUCAGGUGGUGCUCCAGGUCCAAGUUCUGAAGGCUUGCCACCCCCAGUCACACCCGGAGGAAACAAUGGCAACAAUGGAGUAAACAAAUUUACAUGGAGUGGAAUGUCAAUUUUACUAGUACUUUGUGCUUCUUUGAUGAUUGCUUAAAAACACUUAUUUGUGUUCAUGUGUUGGAGUUUACAUGUAUUGUUAUUUGUUUCACUUUAUUUUAUAAUUUUUGUCUAGUGUUACAUUCUUGGUGUAUGGGUUUUUGUUUAGACCAUUUAAUAUACGUAAUUAUUAUUUAUGUUCUACA